AUGGUGCAGAAGAUCAUUGCUGGCGGACUGCAUUCAGCCGACCAAGAAUGCACCGCCUACACAACCGACCUCAUGGAGAAACUCGAGCAAGCAAAAGCCCAGAACCCCAGUGAAGAUGCCCUUCUAGAUGAUGUCGCUGCGAGCGCAUACUGUGAGCAGUUCGCACUACAGACCUUCGCCAAGGGCGACAAGGAUAUGACGGAAAAUAAGGCCACCAACAACACCGUCGACACUCUGCUUGCUGCCUCCACGUUCCUCGAAAUCCUGACCAUAUGGAAGAAAGACGACCCUGAGAUUACAUCCAAGACAAAGUACGCAAAGUACCACGCUCUGCGCAUCCUCAAGGCCAUCAAAGCCGGCGAAGACCCAAACCUCACAAACCCCGUCAAGGAAACAUCAGAAGAGUUGGCCUCACCCCCUAUGCUGGAUCCAAAUGACCCAGAAGUACAAAGCAUAAACCACAGCGCUUCACAGGCGCCCCCCGAGAACCCAUACCAACCCUACGUCGAAACGGCGCCGAACACCAAUGCGCAACCAUCGCCGACCAUCUCUGCGCCGCAAGUCUCGCCUCCACCCAAUCUCCCAUCUGCGCCCACGGGGUAUACACAUGGCUCACACAACGAUGUCUCUCCCAUGUCGCAACCUGCGUCAUCACGUCGCGCUUCUGCCACGUCGGCCGGCGGGGGCUACUUUCCUAGGAUGACUCCGCCAACUUUCACCGCAGAGAACACUGCGCCAAGUCUCCCGACCGCGCCUUCGAUUACGGAGGACCCUGAAACAUCAGGUCUAGGGCAGUCCACACUACCCACUGACUCCUCAUUACCUCAAGCACCUCAAGCUCCAGACCCAGCAAGCUUCUACCAGAAUCCGGCUUCUUCACCACCAAUGGCGCAACCUCCUCAACAACCUCCGCAGAACUCUUUCCCCACACCGCCUCCACAAAACGCUUACCGAUCACCUCCUGGCGUGAACCCGUACGCGGCGCCACCUCCACAGGCACCGCAAGUUGCUCAACCACCGCCGCGACAAACGCCUCAAGCCCCCGCGCCAUACGCGCAGGCACCCCCGCAAAAUCCAUAUGCCCAGCCAUCUGCGCCGCAUCCAGCAUCAUCUCAAGGCCCAUUCAGAGACGAUGAACGUUCCAUUGCAGAAGCCCAGAAACACGCAAAAGGCAAGAAGAAUCUUGUGCUUGAGAAAGCGCUCGCUGGCCCUCUGAACCUGCUCGUCAAGUUCUCCACGCUGCAGGAAUAUGGCGUAGACAAGCCCUUCUUCCUGGAGAACGACAAUGUCGACUCGUCGCAGCGCAAUGUCGUCUUCCUCGUCAGAGGAGAAAAGGCGAAGACGGUCAUGGCUGUCGCUGGUACUCAAAUCGAACAUGAGUUCUCAAUCUUCUGGGCGCCCCGCCGUACUAUGGUCUCUGACCAGCUGCUCGAAGAGGCGGGCGUGCUUGGUGAAGCCAGUGUGAGCGAAUGGCCGCUGUUCUUCGUGCCCCUCGCAGAUGAUGUGUUGUCGCUUGAGCUGGAAGAUGCCGUAUCCGAUCUCUACCUGAAGAAGGACCCAACAUCCAUCUACCUUGCAGCGAAGGCGCUGAUGCUGCAGCAACAGAAAUCUGGUCUCUUUCCGCGCAUCAUUGGCAAAGGUGACAAUGGCAAACGCCUCGCUGACCUUCUCAUCCGCAUGCGUACCGAAGUCACUGCUGGCGAGACGUCGAACACCUCUGGGCCUUCGCUUCUAGGCCUGGCUCCAAGCUCGACCAUCGACAGCCUCAUUAUAGUCGAUCGAGAAGUCGACUUCCCUACUGUCCUACUUACUCAGUUGACGUACGAGGGUCUUAUAGACGAGGUCUUCAACAUCACCGCAAAUCAGACGGAGGUUGACUCUUCAGUCAUUGGUAACGCGACCCCACAGCAAGGCCAGACUGGCUCUGCAUCCACAAGCAUGAAGCGCAAGAUCAUGAUCGACCCCAAAGACGCAUUGUACAGCGAGCUCGGCGACGCAAACUUCGCCAUCGUAGGCAACCUCCUUAAUAAAGCCGCUCGCCGCCUCCAAAGCACCACAGGUCGGGAUCAAAUCGCUGCGAAAACCACCUCUGAGCUACGCGACUUCGUCGCCAAACUCCCAGGCUUCCAAGCCGAACAAGCAAGCCUGAAACUGCACACCGCCCUCGCCGAGGAAAUCAUCAAAUACACACGCAACGAGACCUUCACCCGCUCCCUUGAAGUCCAGCAAAACAUCAUGUCCGGCGCAGACCCCACCACCCAACACGACACAAUCUUCGAGCUCAUCAACCGCGCCAUCCCCCUCCCCAUCAUCCUGCGCCUUAUCUGUCUCGAAUCUACCACAAACGCCGGUAUCCGGCCCAAAGACCUCGAGGCCUUCAAGCGCGCCGUCAUCCAGGCCUACGGACCCCAGCACAUCCUCACUCUCUCCGCGCUCGAGAAAAUGGGCCUCUUGGGUGUCAGAGGUGGUGUCGGGCUUGGCGGCACGCAGGCGAAACCAGGCAGUGUGACGAAUUACACCCCGCUGCGGAAGAGUCUGGCCAUCUGGGACGAUGAGGUGAAUGAGGCUGCGCCGAACGACAUCAGCUACACGUUCAGCGGGUAUGCGCCGCUGAGUGUGCGACUCGUGCAGAGCGUCGUGCAGAAACAGACGCUGGCGAAUAUCAUCAAGCCUCCGGGUAAUGGCGCGUCGGCGCAGGCGAAUCCGCUGGCGCAGGGGCUGCGGAUCUUUGACGAUGCGAGCAAGUAUGUUAGGGGUGCGACGUUUGAUGAGACGCAGAGUGGCGAGGAGAAGGCGGUUAAGGCGAGAAAUCUGCUUAAUGGGAGUCAUGGGGAUGCGCAAAAGACGAUUGUCGUGUUCUUCCUGGGUGGGGUUACGAGGGCUGAGAUUGCGGCGUUGAGGUUCGUGGGUGGCAAGUUGAAGGAGGUUGGUGGAGAGGGCAGGGGAAGUCGCAUCGUGGUGUGCACAACGAACAUGAUCAAAGGCGAGAAUCUGCUGGACGGUGCGAUUGAGAAGGCUCAGUUCAAGGCUUAG